AUGGUGCUGCCCUCGGACCGUUCGGCGCUGGUACCCUACGCGGCUGGCGACUCCUUGAGAUUCCGGCUGCGCGAGUUCGACAGCGGGCAGGCGUUGGCCGAGUGGAUAGCCGAGGAGCGACAGUGCCACAGCGAGCUCUGGCUCCGGCCGAAGAGGCACCAGGACCCGGAGUGGCUCGCCGACCAGGCCGCCCUCGCCAGGAUGUUCGCUUGCAAGGACGCCAUCCAAGCCCGUGCGCUGCAGGCCGUGGAGGUCGAGGAACUCGCGCGCGCGGGGUACUCCGCCUGGGCGCCGCGCCUGGAGGCGGGCGAGGCCGAGGCCCUCGCCGCGGCGCGGGAGGAGGCAGGCUGCGAGCCCAUGGCGACCACCGUCGAGAGCUGGAUCGACGGCUGGUCCAUCACGAGAGGGGACGAGAUACUCCGCCUGACAAGGGGCGACCCGGACCUGGACCAGGACAUGCUGGACGAGCGGAGGCCGCCUUGGGCAGGCGCGGCGUGGCAGUGCUCUGGCAGCUGCUCCGCCGAGAGGCCCCGGGCGGAGGUGCGGGUUUACAUGCCCGGCGACCGCAUUAUCCGGCAGACAGACGAGGGCAAAGCGGUGUACAUCCUCUGGGUGGGGUCCGCAAGCAUCGUUCAAGAGACCGAGGGCGUCGUGGACGGGCGGCGCACGAGAUCCAUAGCGCACCUCGGCACCCUCGUCCACGGCGCGGUGUUCGGGGAGCUGGCGAUGCUGGCGCAGCGGCACCUCCACGGCGUCAUCGCAUCCACCGUCUGCUGCAUGUGGGAGGUGAGCUUCCCCAUGGUGCGGGAAGUCCUGCAGGGGCACCCGGCGGAGCGGGCCGCCUUCCUGCACAUGGUCGAGCAGCACUUGGACAAGCUCGGCAACCAGCAGGUUGGCGAUUGCCCGCUCUUCGCGGACUUCAGCCAGCAUUUUCGCACGUUCAUCGGCGUGAAUUCCGAGAAGCAUCUGUAUUUCGCAGGCCAGACGAUCGUGCAGGAGGGCGCUUUCGGUGACCGGUUCGUCAUCGUCAACUUCGGGACCCCCGACCGCCCGCGUGGAGGCCAUGGGCCAGCGCCUCCCCGAGCCUCGGCGCGGCGGCGCCCGCGCCGGCUACGGGAUGCUGUGCAGGAGCUCGAGCUUCACCAAGGAGAGAAGUACCACGUCUCCGUCACCGCCGAGACGAUGUGCCAGGUGUUCGUGGUCACGAGGGACGCCUUCCAGGCCGCCCUCAAAAAGUACCCCGACAUGCGGGAUGCCGCGCGCACACUGGAGGCGAAGGAGGGCACACGAGGAACGCCUGCAGCGAGAUCAGGCGAACCUCCUGAUGAAGCAGCACUCGCAGCGCUCCCGGCACCUCCACUCGUUCAUGCAGGCAUUGUCUAG